AUGUUUGAUUUCAUUCGCCGGAAUGACCCCCAUGUCCGCCUUGCCCUCCAAGAUAUUUCUAAAUCUUUAGCCAUUCGUGCUUUUAUCAUCGACAUCUUCUGCUUUGCUCAGCCAAUCACGAAGGAACUCGGCAUUCUCACCUACUACUUUUACACCUCUGGCGCUGCAGCUCUUGUAGUUUUUCUGUAUUUCCCAAAAAUCGGGGAACAAACCACCAAGAUCUUCAAGGAUCUGACCGAGAUUGUUUUGGAGUUUCCCGGGUUGAAGUCUCCCCUAAAUGCCCCCCAUAUGCCUGAGGCAAUGCUUGACCGAGAUGACCCUUUGUAUUGGGACAUGGUCUACUUCUGUUCCCACCUUCUCAAAUCUAAUGGGAUCUUAGCCAACAUGUUUGAAGAGCUCGAGCCUGCUGCAGUUCUCAAAGCCAUUAUUGAAGGUCUUUAUGUUCCUGAUGCUCCCACUCCUCAUGUCUACUACAUCGGGCCGUUGAUUGCUGAAGAAAAAGAAUCUUGGGAUUCUGCAGAGGCAGAAGGGGCUCAAUUGAAUGAGAUAGCAGAUGGGUUGGAGAAGAGUGGACAAAGGUUUUUUUGGGUGGUGACAAAGUCUCCCCUCGAUGAGAAAACCAAUCUGGUCUUUGAAGUACAUGACUUUAAUUUAGAGGGUUUUUUGCCAAAAUGGUUCUUGGAGAAAACCAAAGAUAGGGGCUUGGUGGUGAAGUCAUGGGCACCGCAAGUUGCGGUAUUGAAAAAGGAAUCGGUAGGCGGGUUCGUGACGCAUUAUGGGUGGAACUCGAUGCUUAAAGCAGUGAUUGCUGGCAUGCCAAUGGUGGCAUGGCCGCUCUAUGCAGAGCAGCAUUUGAAUAGGAGUGUUUUGGUGAAGGACAUGGAAAUGGCAAUUGCUGUGGAGCAAAGAGAGGAAGAUGGGUUUGUGUUUGGGGAUGAAUUGGAGAAAAGCGUUAGGGAGUUGAUGGAGUCAAAAAAAAGGGAGAGACCUUAA